AUGGCCUCCCAAGAAGUUGAUAGUGCAGAGCUGGAGGCAGCCUCAGCAGGUAGUGUCCCAGGAAGCCAGGUGGAACCAGAGGUGGUGAAUAAUUCUGCCUACUGGCCCAUUAAUUGAUCAUAAAAUUACCAAGAGGAACUACAAGCCCUUGGGGCUAUCCAGAUCCUGAAUGGAGCAAUAAUUCUGUCUCUGGGUGUUUUUAUGGGUUCCUUACAAAACUUGCCCCAUCCAUCCAAUUACAUAUUUUUCUUGAUCGUUUAUAUAGGCUAUCAGAUAUGGAGCGCUAUAUCUAUGGAAAGCAAUUUGGGGAUGAACAUUGCCAGUGCUACUAUUGCACUAGUUGGGCUUGUUUUUCUCUCAAUGAAUUUAUUCGCUAAUGACCCAUUACUCAAGGAUUGGCAGUCUUCUCAGCCACAGGACUUACGCAUUUACAAAGACGCCUCCUCAAGUGUAUGCCUUUAA